AUGAAUAGAGGACGGACAAGCAGUUCGGAGGACCAAAGCCUGAUAGGUACUGUCGGAAAUUCUAAUGGGGUUAACGAUUCUGAUGCUAAUUUUUUCAAAGUCAUAUCUGAAAAUUUGAAGUAUGCCUUUCAAAGUCCAUUACCCAACACACAGUUCCCAACCCCAUAUUCGCAUCAGCAGCAGCACCAAGAUCAGCAACAUCAUUCAAACGGGGGCGAAAACUCUUCUUCUUUAUUAGAAAACAGCAUGAUGGCAGGGUUGCAAGUCGGAUCGGCACAUAACGAAAUGGCUAACGCUCAUGUAAGUGGAGAACCCUUGAAUGAUAAGGAUAUGCAACCUUCUUCAGUUUUGCAAUUUGGUAACAAUUUCCCAAACGAGUUUUUGUUGACUUCACCCGAACAGUUUAGAGAGUUCCUAUUCGAAUCACCAGGGGCAGGCUUCAACCUUGUUCACAAAACUCCUGCCAAAACUCCCUUACGUUUUUUCAGUAACAGUAAUGGCGGUGGUAAUGCAGAAAAUGGCGAUUCCUUAACUCCAAAUGGCUUAUUUGGCAAUCCUUCUUCCAUAAAGAGCAGUAAGGAUUAUAACAUGGGUAAGACCAUGCAAACACCGCUAAGAAAUAUCGAUUUGAACCUUAUGUUUAACUCAAACCAAAUGGCAGUCUCAUCUUCGCCUUCCAAGAAACUUGCUUUGUCUUUGACGCCAUACGGUCGAAAAAUUUUGAACGGUAUCGGAACACCAUAUGCGAAGACUCUGCUUUCCUCCAACAGUGCAUUGGCAGACUUUCAAAAGGCUAGGAAGAUACAAAGUACCCCGCCAACUAUGAAGAAAGCAACUGAAACACCUCACGCACAAUCACAUAUAGCGGCUUCGGAUGAUCUGGACGAUGAGAAGCUCAAUAAUUUUGUUUUGAAAAUGAGUGAAAAUAUAAAAAAUAAUUACGAUUUUGCAGAUGUAAACCUUUCAAGCCGUUCAAAAAAUCAGGAUAGUAAUAAAGAAGACCUAAACGACCAGGAUCCUGAUGCACAAGAUGAUAUAUACGGAUCUUCGCCGACAACAAUUCAGUUAAAUUCAUCAGUAACAAAGUCCACUACAAAAUUGGGUGCGAAUAAAAUGCCUUUGCUGGCAAGGGAAAUAAUUGAUUCCAAUAAUGAAGGUGAAAUGUACAAAGUUGAAGAGAACAGAUUGCCUUUAUCACCAACACCAAAAUAUCACAAGUCUGCAUCAUCGUUAGACGCUUUAAACAUACCAGAACUACCAAAGAUGGGAUCCUUCAAAAGUGAAAGAACACUAUCGAUAUCUUCAAGCAGGUCAACUAGUUCCAAGGAUAAUCGUUCAAGUGGAAAUUCAAUCAUAAAUUUCAAACCUAAUAAGGUAAAGAAAAGUUCAAAAAAACAACCAAAAUUUCAGAUUAUUGUGGCGAACACCCAAAAAUUCAGCGUACCGACGAAUAAUCAGAAAAACACAAAAAAGUUCGGUGGCCUUAAGCGAUCGCAAUCAUUACUUGUAAAUUCAUCAUCGGGCACUGCGAAUGCCGGCCGCAAUAGUAGUCUCAACAACAGUACAAAUAACAGUACAACUAGGAACAAUGGUAAUGGUGAUUUUAUGAAUACUAACGAGAAUUUUAGUUCCAAAAAGGCUAAAAGGUCAAGCUCCUUCUCGGAGAAAGAUGAAGGACAAUUUCAUGGGUAUCAAUGA